GCUCCAGAGCCAGCUCAGAAGGGAAGACGCUGCUCCUGUCUGGUGCCUGUGAAUGCAGACAGCUGUGUGCACUGAAACCAUACACGCUGCUCCAGUCAGCGUGUGUCUCUUUGCUUUCAGCACUGCACAGCGCGGGCAAGGUUUCCACCAGGACGAGGGAGAAGCAUCUCCUGUUUGUUCUUUUAACCAGGCACGCCAACUAGAAGAAAGUUGGGUAAUUACUUGGGUCUGCGAUACUGGCCACAAAGAGAUGAUUCAAAGCCAGGGAACAGUCUCUGAAAGGGCCUGAGCCCGAUAUUCUUAGCCAGCAGGACUGGCUGAUAGCUGUAAGAGGAUGCUAAAAGUAGACAAUCUCCAGGGCUGUGCAGCAUAUCAAGGCUAGGAGAGAAAACUGUUGGCAGCUCCUUGGGACCGUAUUCCCAUAAGGAAGAGCCCCAGAAGACAGAGAGAGCGUGCAAGAGAAAAUAAGGAAACCCUGGAUUCAAAAGCAAAGCGAUAGCCUGUAGCUGGUUCAGGACCAAACUUGCAGCGGCUGCCACUCUGUUCUCAGACUAGAGGAGAGGCAGUGCUGGGGAAUAUACUGCAGGGCAUGAUCCUGCCCUGGCAGGGCUGGGGUGCAGCAGGUGGCCAAUUAGGGCCAUUCCAUCUCUAGGGUCCUUGAUGCUGUCUGGCUAGCCCUUCUCUGCCGUCUUCUGGCUGAGGAAGGAAAGCCCCAGAGCUCCACACUCAGGUUUGUGGCCAACAGCAAAGGCAGGAAAAAAGAACAAGGGAAGGAGAGAUAAAAAAACUCCUCUGAGAAUGUCCGACCAGGAGAUCGAGGACUUUGAAGUGGACAAUCUGUCUGACACGUCCCGGAUGAUCCCCAGCCUCCCUCCUUACGACAUGGACAACCAGCUUCUUCCCCUGGAGCCCCGGAGCACCUGCUGCUGCUGGGCUUGGACCCUGCUGAUUGUCGCCACGAACUCUCUGGUCUUCCUCGUGAACUUGCUCCUGGUGGUCACCAUCUUUGCCAUCGUGCUGCUGCCGACGAUCGUGGUGGUGUACUUCGGCUUCCAGUGCCACUCCCGGGUGCUGCACUCCUCCGCCUACUACUGCAAAACCAUCCUGGACGACAACAGCUCCUCUGCCCUCAUCAUCCUCGGCUUCGUCAUCAUGUCCCCGCUCAUCGUGGUGGCCAUGGCCAUCUACUGCAGCCUGGCACGGCGCCUCCACCUCUUCCUAUGCUUCCAGCCCUAUGCUCGGGCAGUCUACAAAGGGGUGAAGUGGCGCUGGUACGAGGAGGGAGGGCUGUGCAGCUGUGCCAAGGAGUGGAGCACUCAAGUCAAGGCCUGGGUAUGAGCUCGCUGCACUGGCUCCCCCA